GCCCCCGGUCCAUUUCCUCCCCGAGGAGCUGCCACGCCAGGAUGCAGGUGACCCCUCCUCACUCCAGCAGGCUGGGCCUGGCUCUCGUCGUCCUCCUGGUUUGGGGGGCUUCUGUUCAAGGUUAUCCCAUGCGGAAAUCCAGGUUUCAACGGGUCCUCUGCAAUCCCAAGAGUAGCUCUGCCAACUGCAUCAGUGAAAAGGGACCCACGUUUAAGCUGCCUCCAGGUGAAGCCAACGGGAUCCUCCCUGUGAGGGCCGACCUGACUUCAAGGAUGAGACUCCAGCACAUGAAUGAUGUCUUCCCUAUUUCUGAGGACUUUUCUGGCUCCGGUUCUGGCUCUGGCUCUGGUUCCGGCGAUAACUCUGACAGGGCCUUCCUGGGUGAUAUUGAAGAUGAAUUCCACCUGGUAAAUGAAAAUGGGGCUUCCAAUGACAACUUCCGGUUGAAGAGGAAUCUGCCUUAUGGGGAAGGUGAUUUGGAUCAAAAUGCACCAGAAGAGAAUUUUAUUAUCUGAAGAAAAAAGAGGACUUUCCUCACGUUGACACCAGACAACUUAUUGAGUCUAUUUUGUGUACCAUGGUUAAAUGAUCAAUUCUGGGCCGAAAAUUUUUUAUAGAAUUAAAAUAUAUCUGAAAAAGAAGCCUAAGUUAUAGUACUUUCUCUCCCCUCUCCCCUUCAUGAAAUUCUUAUAAGUUUUCUUUUCCCAGCCUAGUGUCCAACACAAACAUGCAUUUUCUUUGUAUCAAUGUCAGUAAAAGAAAUAAUAUAAAUUAACAAGUCACCCAUGUCUCUAUAGUCACAUUAUGGAACAAAUCAGCCUGCUUGUAAAACUUCAGUUGGAAAAAAAAUGGACAGGUAACAGUUUAACAACUAAACUUUUGGGCACCUGACACAGACUGUAAAUUACAGGUCGGCGCCAUCUCUUAGGU